AUGAACUCCACUCAUGAAAUAGUGGCCCAGAGAAGCCCAAAAGAGGAAUGCAAGGAGUACCCGAAGGUGGUGUAUAAGAACAACGACAUCCGGCUGGAGCUGUCCCGCCUGGCCCGCAUAGUGGACCCAAAGAUGAAACUCCAAGGGGACGUGGUUUUCAAGUGUGAAGACGUACCCACCCUGGACCCCAUCAACUUCGAGACCCCGGACUCCUACCUUGCGCUGCCCAAAUGGAACACCAAACGGGUGGGCUCCAUCUCCUUCGACUUCCGCACCUCCGAGCCCAACGGGCUGAUCCUCUUCACGCACGGUAAGCCCCAGAACCGGCGGGACGCCAAGGGCCAGAAGAACAACAAGGUGGACUUCUUCGCCGUGGAGCUGCUGGAUGGCGGGCUGUACCUGCUGUUGGACAUGGGCUCCGGGACCAUCAAAGUCAAAGCCACCCAGGCCAAAGUCAACGAUGGCGCCUGGCACCACGUGGACAUCCAGAGGGACGGGCGCUCAGGCAUCAUCUCAGUAAACAGCCGCAGGACCCCUUUCACAGCCAGCGGGGAGAAUGAGAUCUUGGACCUGGAAGGAGACCUGUAUUUGGGCGGUUUGCCGGACAACCGGGCGGGCCUGGUGCUGCCGACCGAGCUGUGGACCGCCAUGCUCAACUACGGCUACGUGGGCUGCGUGCGGGACCUGUUCAUCGACGGCCGCAGCAAGGACAUCCGGCAGAUAGGCCAGUCGCAGAACGUGACGGGCAUCAAGUUCUCCUGCAGCAAGGCGACGGGGAAGCAGUGCGACAGCAGCCCCUGCAAGAACAACGGGGCGUGCAAGGAGGGCUGGAACCGGUUCGUCUGUGACUGCACCGGGACCGGCUUCUGGGACAGUACCUGUGAGAGGGGGAGGAUCUAA